GAUAUCUGAGUACUAGGGAGACGGCCCCCGUGGACACUCAGUUGUGGGAGCGCUGGGACCUGGGAGCGCCGGUUCUUCUCCGGCCAGUGGAGAGCUGGGAUCACCGUUUAGCUCGUGACCCUCGGGAAAUACUGGCGCCCUUCUCCAGGGACGGAUCCUAAGGCUUUUCUGGAGGCUCCCUGCUGAGGUUCUGACCCACAUCUAGAAGGUUCUGAUGUUCUCUGACUGAUCUUCACCUGCAGCAGCGUCCGGCUUGGGGCAUUUUUUUUUGGAUUUAGGCUACUGUAUAUGAAUAUAUAUACACACACACGGGUUGUUUCGGACCAUGAUGGACAGGAAGGGGUCCGACAUGAGCCCAGCAGGGGGCAGAGGGUCCAGGAGGUCCCGGUUCCAUGACGGGGGGGUCCAGGGGGAUUCAGGUAUCUUACCUAUCGGCAAGAUCACCAGGCGGACCUCCGCGAAGCCCCCGUACCUCCAGCAAGCAGGCGUGGCGCACGCACGCCGCCUUGGUUUGCUAUCGGACCGUAGUGCGCCGCCUCAUGUUCCUGGUCCUCUUUUGAGCCCCCUGAUUGGUGGGCUCCCUGGGAGCUCUCUGCUGAUUGGGCAGCAGGCAGCUUGUCUUCAGUUGGCGCGGAUUAAAACCCAGCUAGCUCUGUCUCAAAUCAGCAGUGCUAUUGCUGCCGGGCAUCAAGCCGUUGCCUCGAGGACCGUCUCCAACACCCCUCCCUACCUUGUAUCCACACCAGCCCCUUCCCCUACAGCGACGGCCAUCAAUCUGCUGAACCUUCUGAAGGUUGCAAACUUGUCCCACAAACUAUAUAACCCCUAUUCCUUAGAGAGCCAGGAUUAUCCACCUUACCAACCUCCAAGUGCCCAGGUAGACCCUGGCAAUGUGAGAGAGCCUUCUCACAUGGUCACUGGUUCAACCCCUGCAUCUAUUGGGGCCUCCUUCGCGACUUCUAUGAAUCCCAGCAACAUUCACCCAGAGAUGCACCCCAGCUCUAUGGGCUUCAUCCCUGGUCAGAGUCAGCCAGCCCCUGAGUUUAAGGGGGCCAUGAACAUCCACAUAAAGCAAGCCAAAGGAUCUACUAUAUGGUCAGGGGAGUCCAUGCCAUCUGACUGCCCUUCCUCAUCCAAGCAUGCUGCAAACAGCCCGGCCCGAUAUACCUGUGAAUCGGCCAUGGACAUCCUCAAGCGCUUCAACCUUCAAGAAGAGGACUUGGAGGCGCUGUGUGCUUACCCAGACGAUCAGCUCUCCACCGCCAACCUACCCUGCCUGCUGCGAGACAUCAGCCAAAAUAAGGCCAACCGGUUAUCUGCUGCUACUUCGUCAAGCAUGGUCCACCAGGCUCAAGGCAGCCAUUGUGUCCCAGAAACAACAUUAGGACCCGGGGCCGAUGUGAAGCGUGCGGUGGGAGCGCCUUCUGCCUUUCAGCAGCCAAUUAAAGUGAUUGAAUACGGACAUACUAGUAAAUAUAACGUAGGUAUCCGGGAAGAAGAGAAAGAUAGAGGACACCACAGCAUUAGUGUCAGGCCCAGAAGCUUAAUUGAAAGUGGCUUAAUGGGAAGUUCAACUAGCCAAAGCCGGGAGACUCUGGAAAAGGACCUAGCGCAGGCCAAACAUGGUUGUUCGUUGGCACAGAGAUCUACCAACUUGUCUCCUUCUGUUUACAGUCCGUUAACAAGCGUGACUUUUUCCCCAGCCGCUACCAACAUUAUACCCAAGAGGGAUUCUAGUGCUGAUCAGGCAGCAUCUGCAGCAAGUCAAAGACCAGCUAAAGGCACCGGACACACUAGUCACAGACCGGCGCUAGGUAGCGGGACUACCAGUCAUAAAGCAACCACGGGACCUACUGGAACUAACCGUCACAAACCAGCUACAGGUCCCGGAACUAACCGUCAUAAACCAACACCAGGUACCGGAACUACCAGUCAGAGCCCAGCUCCAGGCGCUGGAACUACCAGUCCAAGACCAGCUCUAGGUGUGGGAACUACCAUUCUCAGACCAGCUCCAGCCACCGAUCCAGGGCCAGUUCCCAUCCCCAGGUCCAUCCCUACGAACCAGGGGCCCCCUCCAGCAUCUGGUGAAUCCAUCCAGAGACCUCCGCCAGUCAAGCCAGCCGACAGAGUGCCGACGGCGGCCAUGAUCAGCGACUACAUGGGUUUCGAACCUGAUCUUUUCCCCCACACCUGUAGUCUCUGUAACAAACCUUGUGCUGCCAUGAAGGACUGGCUGGACCACAAGAAGCACAAAGUCCACCGGGCCAGCUGCCAACUGCUAAGCAGACAGUAUUCCGAAUGGGAGCCCGAUGCAAUAACAAUCGACUCGGACCCUGAAGAAUCCCAGCAACCCCCCACGACUACCACAGACACCGCUUCCUUCCAGAGUUCCAGGCCCAGUCUUCAGCCGACCAGCCAUGGAGGUCCUGCCCCAACAAACUCUGCACCUCCUUUGACAAGGUCCUCAGUGGACACAAAGAUUUUGGAAACGGGCAAGUCUCGGUCUCCACAGAGGAUGAGAUCAAAGUCAAAGUCUUCAGGAAGGAUAAGAUCAAGGUCAAAGUCUUCAGGAAGGAAAAGAUCAAGGUCAAAGUCUUCAGGAAGGAAAGGAUCAAGGUCAAAGUCUCCCCAGACGAAGAGGUCAAGGUCUCGUCAGACAAAGAGGGCAGGGUCAAAGUCUUCAGGAAGGAGGCGGUCGAGUUCAAGGGAGAGGUCAACGUCCAGCGGGAAAGCUAACUCACCCCGUAGCUCAAGACCUGUCCACAGUAGAAGCCGCUCCCGGUCCUCUUCAAACUCCUCCUCCAGCUCUUCCUCCAGCUCCGACCGUUACCGUGGCAAAAGGCCGUCCUCGCCAGCCAGAAGGUCUAGGCGAAGGUCUGCGUCCCCACGAAGAGGUCGGAGGUCACGUUCCCAUUCACCAUGGAGACGAACCCGCAAGUCCCGCUCUGGGUCUCGAUCCCCUCACCCCUCCUCUCAGCGAAGAAGGUCGCGCAGGCACGAUGGGAGGUCUUCGGGUCGCAGACAAGAGGAGACCAGCGUAGAACAGCUGGCCAAGAAACUACUGGAAUCCUCUGGUGUCCAGAGCUUCACUGGCUCCUCCAGUCUAGAGCUUGUGGUCCAGUCUCUGGCCCCAGUGCUGCUGGCAGAGCUGGCCAAGCUGAAGGCCGCUUCAUCAUCAUCCUCUGAUUCAUCUAAAGAAAAGAAGCCAUCCUCCUCCUCCUCAUCUAGAGAUGAACAGAAGCAGUCAUCCUCCUCAUCUAGAGACGAGAAGAAGCCAUCCUCCUCCUCCUCAUCUAGAGAUGAACAGGAGCCGUCAUCCUCCUCAUCUAGUGACAAGAAGAAGCCAUCCUCCUCCUCCUCAUCUAGAGAUGAACAGAAGCCAUCAUCCUCGUCAUCUAGAGACAAGAAGAAGCCAUUCUCCUCUUCCUCAUAUAGUGAUGAACAAAAGCAGUUGUGCUCUUCAUCUAGAGACGAGAAGAAGCCAUCCUCCUCUUCCUCAUAUAGAGAUGAACAAAAGCAGUCAUCUUCUUUAUCUAGAGACGAGAAGAAGCCACCCUCCUCUUCCUCAUCUAGAGACGAGAAGAAGCAGUCAUCCUCUUCAUCUAGAGACGAGAAGAAGCCAUCCUCCUCUUCCUCAUCUACAGAUGAGAAGUUGUCAACCUCAUCAAGAGACGAGAAGAAGCCAUCUUCCUCAUCUAAAGAUGAGGAGAAGCCACCAUCCUCUUCCUCAUCUAGAGACGAGGAGAAGCCUCCAUCCUCUUCCUCAUCUAGAGACGAGAAUAAGUCAUCAUUCUCUUCCUCAUCUAUUGCUGAACAGAAGCAGUCAGCCUCUUUGACAUCUAGGGACGAGAAGAACCCAUCCUCUUCCUCUAGAGAUGAAGAGAAAGAAUCUUCCUCCUCUAGAGAUGAACAGAAACAGUCUUCUCUGUAUAUAGAUGAACAAAAGCAGUCAUCUUCCUCAUCUCGAGAUGACCACAAACAGGCAUCCUCUUCUUCGACCAAAGGAGGGAAGGAACCACCAUUGUCCUCGUCCUCUUCCUCUGCCUCUACCCAGGCAAUCAAGAAGGUGCUGGUUAAGAAGAGUGCACCAACGAUGUCUUCUAAACCUCAGGGGUCGGGUCUCCUGGGCUUCGUACCGGCCCACCCUCCCCUGCUCCUGUCUGGGCUUCCCUCCACGGUCACCAAGCAGCAGGUGAUCUCCGCUGUGGAGAAGUUGGGAAAAACACGAUUCAUUUAUUUGGAUGAACAUCGGCAAGAGGCUACAGUGUACUUUCUACAAGCGACUGCAGCGAAGGCGUUGCUGCGUUUUACGGAGCUGAAGAUCGGAGGAAAUCCAAUCACUGUGACCCAGAUCCAGAAGUCCGUUUCCCCGAAGCUGAAAGAGAAUCAGACCAGUACCAAGCCAGGAAGCAGGGCACUCCCCGGCGACAAGACGACCACGCCCGGCGACAAGACGACCACGCCCGGCGACAAGACGACCACGCCCGGCGACAAGACGACCACGCCCGGCGACAAGGCGACCACGCCCGGCGACAAGACGACCACGCCUGGCGACAAGACGACCACGCCCGGCGACAAGACGACCACGCCCGGCGACGAGGCGACCACGCCCGGCGACAAGGCGACCACGCCCGGCGACAAGGCGACCACGCCCGGCGACAAGGCGACCACGCCCGGCGAAAAGGCGACCAUGCCCGGCCAAAAGGCGACCACGCCCGGCGACGAGACGACCACGCCCGGCGACGAGACGACCACGCCCGGCGACAAGGCGACCACGCCCGGCGACAAGACGACCACGCCCGGCAACAAGACGACCACGCCCGGCGACAAGACGACCACGCCCGGCGACAAGGCGACCACGCCCGGCCAAAAGGCGACCACGCCCGGCCAAAAGGCGACCACGCCCGGCCAAAAGGCGACCACGCCCGGCGUCAAGACGACCACGUCAGGUAACAAGAAGACCACGCCCGGCGACAAGACGACCACGCCCGGCAACAGGACGACCACGCCCGGCAACAGGACGAUCACGCCCGGUAACCAGACCACGUCUGGUAACAAGAAGACCACGCCCGACGACGUGACCACGCCCGGCGACGAGACGACCACGCCCGGCGACAAGACGACCACGCCCGGCGACAAGACGACCACAUCCGGCGACGAGACGACCACACCCGACAACAUGACGACCACGCCCGACGUCAGGACGACCACGCCCACUAACAAGACGACCACGCCCGGCGACAAGACGACCACGCCCGGCGACAAGACGACCACGCCCAGUAACAAGACGACCACGCCCGGCGACAAGACGACCACGCCCGGCGACAAGACGACCACGCCCGGCGACAAGACGACCACGCCCGGCGACAAGACGACCACGCCUAGUGACACAAACGUGUCCAUUGUAUCCAGGAUACGACCACCUGUUCCUCGGCUACACCCAGAGUGCAGAAUCUCCCCCACUGUCCUCUUCCUCAAAUCCAUAAAAUGUAUCGACGUGCGGAGUUGGUCACUGGCGGAAUUCCAGCCCUUCGCGAGCCGCGGGGCCACCAUGAUUGUGACCGGUCUGCCUGACAGGGCCCGGGGCCCCUACAGGGAGACGGAGAUGAUACGGGUCCUGGAGGGGUUUAGCAGGACCAAACUCGACAAAUACUUCAUCCUUCCUGACAACUGCACGGCAUUUGUAGAGAUGGUGGCCAAUAAGAUGGAGCGGCUGAUGGAUGUGCUGGCCAAUGGAUUGCCCAUGAACGGUGGCUUGCUCCGUUGUCACCUACUGAAGGAGAACGCACUCAGAUCUCCGAUCGCCUUCUAUAAACAGCUGCUGACGUGGAGUGAAAAGCUUUAUGAUGAGACUACAUUGGAGUACAGACUGGUGUACAUCAGCAACAUUCCUGAUGACUACUACUGGAUGAAGGCCUUCCACGAAGGCAUCUCCAAGACCGGAGGAGUCCGGGUCUACCUCCCGCUGAUGGGCAAGAUAUUUGUGGAGUUUGUCACGGGGGAGGAUGCGGACCGAUUCGGCGUCUGGCUGUCCAGCUUUAGUCCGGACCCAAGGGUUGAGAACCCUGUCCGUGUCACGCGUCCCGGCAUGGUCCCAGACAUGGACGCGAUCGGCCCAGUCCGUACCAACAUCAGUCAUAAAGCCGUGGUGAGUGGGUUGCAGCCCCCCUUCUGGCUGGUGGUGCCCACCCGGCCCCACUUGUACCCCACCCUGUCCCCCCAGUUCUACACCCCUGCACACAGGACGGUGAAAGGGCCACGGGAUGUCGAGUGGGCAGAGAUCAGUAUAAUUGGGCAGAGCGUAGUCAUGGUGACAGGGCUGCCGUUGGGCGGUUACAGACAUCUGGACCUCGUGAACGAGGUGGUGCCUUACUUCGUCGAGAUGGACAUCAGCCGUGUGUUCUACUCCGUAGUGAUACUACCUCUGCAGAGAAGGGCCUUCAUCCACUUUGACGACGGUUUGAAGUGUAAGGAGUUUGUCUCCGAUUUCCUCCACAAGCCGUUCACUAUCGGAGGAUCUGACCUCACCCUCCACUUCCUCCUGGACCAUCUUAAGCCCUGCACCUCAGAGCUGAAAUUGUACAAGCGACUGCUUCAAUGGAGCCAUGUGGUGCCUAAGGAGAAAGCGUCAAAGGACCGGCUGUUGAUGACGGAGAUUGAGUACUGCAGCAUGAGAGCGCUGAAGUUUAUAUUUGACAUCAUGGAGACCACCCAGUACCUCAGCUGCCUGGUCCUCUCUAACCGGGUGGUUUUCCAGAUCCCUUGUGAAACUGAUAUGUACAAUUUAAUUGCAAAUCUCAUCGUGGAAACAAACGACAAACUAGUCAAUGAAAGGUCUAUAUAUUUUCCAAAACCAUACCAAUUUCAAACGAGAUUUAAGUUCAUAAGGUCCAAAAUGGUUCCAAGAAGAUUCCAGGGAUUGCGUAAGCUUGCCACAACCACGUCUGGCCAAUCAGCUUUUCCACACCCAUCAGCGCCUGGCCAAUUAGCUGCCCCUCUCCGGACCUACACCCCGCCCCCUGCUGCCCCUGCGGAACUCUGCGCCUUAGCCCACGACCAGGACUGGCCCCCGGGCUCCGGCCCCAAGCCUCCAGCCCUGAGUCAGGAGAUGUACCGCUUCUUUGCUACGGCCAUCCACCAGCAUCGCCAGGCCAGAGUUGGACAGGAAGUGGGCCGAGGUGGACGGGAAGUGGGCCGAGGUGGACGGGAAGUGGGCCGAGGUGGACAGGAAGUAGGUCGAAGUGGACGGGAAGUGGGCCGAGGUGGACGGGAAGUGGGCCGAGGUGGACGGGAAGUGGACCGAGGUGGACAGGAAGUGGGCCGAGGUGGACAGGAAGUGGGCCGAGGUGGACAGGAAGUGAGCCGAGUUGGACGGAAAGCGAGCCAGGAGAAAGUGACCGCCUCGGGGGAGGGGCGUUCUUUGUCCCAGCAUGUUGGGAGGAGGCAGAUCCCUCCUCUGUCCUCCUCCUCCAGCACCUCCUCUCCUCUCUCCCGGAGGAGCAGGGCCGACGGGAGCCCGCCCCCCAAGAGAGAGCGGCGUGGGCAGAAGGAGACCAUGGAGAGUAAAGGUGUCUCUGAGGCCCUGAUAGAGGACCCACCUGGACUACAGGAGGAGGGGUUUAAGCCUGGCAAAUUCAUCGUCAUAGAUGAGGUCGGUGACGAGGCGGAGCCCAUUGUUAUCUCCUCCUACCGCUCUGAGGCCUGUGACUCUCAGACCAGGCCCUCACACAUAACCAAGGAGAAGGAGGUGCCAUCAGACCAGCAGGUCUCGGAGGAGGUCCCUCGCACCUCCUCCUACUCCUCCUCUACCUCCAGAGGAGUCGAGUCCAACACCUCAACGACAGCCCACUCCUCAUCCUUGUCUGGAGCCACAGUGUCCUCCUCAUCUUCUUCCUCUUCUCUCCCUCCUCCGGCCGGAGAAGUCCCUUCCUCUUCUGAACAGAACACACAACAGAAGAAGUGUGAAGAAUCUCCUGCCCAGGUGUCUGAAGAUGAUGAGCCUAACAGCCGGGAAGCGACAAGCAUGACUACCACGACCGAGGUGGAUUCUCUUCCUGCUUGUAAACCAAUCACAAAGGACGGGUCACAGAGGGAAGCAGCUAUGGUAUGUGAAGUUGACAUGACGAGGUUUGGCCAAAUGUUAGCAGCAGAGACCUCUGCAGUGAAAAGUGCAGCAUCACUGACGGGAAAGGAUGCCUUACACACUGAUCGAUGUCUGGAGGAAGAGGGGAAGGCCCAGCAAGAGUUAACCCUCACAGGAAAGGAUGUGGUCGUCUCUCCCAGCGAAGACAUGAAGGAGAACAGAGUAGAGGUGGAUGAAACACAAGAGCAGCUGGGUGAUGAAAAGACAAGCGACCAGAUGCUCCAUUCGAGGCCAGAGUGUGGCGAAGAGACGCCUCACCAAACCCUGGUCCAGCCUGAGACACCAGGCCUCCCCGACCCUGAGAGCCAGACCUCUGAACCCCAAGAGGAGGCAAUGUUGGCCAAAGUCGCUGAUGAAGCUGAGCCAUUCCAGGAGGUCCUCCUGGAAGAGGAGAAGGAGGCAAUUGUAGAGGAACAAACCCCAUCGGUAGUUUCGGAGGCAGCUGAUGCAUUACUCAACGGUGCAUCGACAGAGGAAGGAGACACCCACCAGCUCAUGGACUGUGUUGAGGGAUCUCCUCCCAAAGAGGAGCAGGAGAACAGCAAGGACCCCACAGAGGAGGAGCUGACCAACAAGAGGCCUGCUGUAGAGGAGGGGGCGUCUGAAAUGGGACAGCGACGAUCUAAGAGAGGUAACCCCAGUCACCCCAGUCCAGCGAUCAAGCCGCUGUCCACCAGGCACUCCACACCCCCCAGGAAGAGGGAAAGCCCUGCGGAGGACCCAGUCGUGGACUCUGAAAUGCAGGAGCCACAUGAUGACAAGCAGCCUGCUGCUGGAAAGAGAAGGAGUGGACGAGGGAGGAAAGAGGAGGUGCCGGUGUCUGGGACAUCCAAAAUGGCCGCCAAAGAAGGUCAACAGAGGGUGAAGGACAAUGAGGAGGAGGUGUACCAGGUGAUCGACUCCAUCGAAGAAAAUCACCAAGAGGAGGCCCACGUCAACUCCUUAGGUCCAGCGAGGAGGAGCAGUCUGGCAAAGACCAGAGCCACAAGAACGUGUUCUAAAGCAUCCAAGGGGGAGGAGCCACAGUACCAGGUGGGGAACCCUAAGGGGGAGCAGGAGGAACAGAUACCAGUCGAGGAACAGCUUUCAGAGGAGCCUUUGAGAGGGAAGAGAGGUCGUAAGGUCACAGGCAGCGAUGCCAAGACAGAACAUGAAGCAACAAAGAAGAGAAGAACCACGGAGCCAGCACCCACACCCCUUCCGGAUAACCAAUCAGAGGCUAGGUUGGAUUCUGAGUCUGUUGUGUCUCAGGAGCAGAUGGUCUAUGACGAAGAGAAAGAUUCAUCCUCCAUCAUCGGUGAACGUAAACAAAGCCAGGAGCAUGCAGCGUCCAGCAAAGCGAGGAGGAAGGAACGAGGGGCGGAGCCUAAGACAGUUCGCUCUCUCGCUUCGUCUGUUGCCAACGACUACACCCUGCCCCCCUUCACCCCCUACAACCCCCUGGGGAUGGAGCAUGUGGUUCCUAAGGCUGGGUUCUACUGUAAUCUGUGUUCUGUGUUCUACGAAGACGAGACCAGAGCCAGGACACUCCACUGCAGCAGCUUGGGUCACUACCACAACCUGAAGGUGUUUUACAAGAAACUAAAAGAGGAACAAUCAAGGAGCCAAUCAGGAGACUCCGCUCCUGGCCACUCCCCUGGAUGAUGCUAGCCCCGCCUACCUGCUCACGACAAUCUUUUCAGCUGUUUCAGAGGUCUAUACUUCCCCGGUCGUUAUGAGACUGUGUUUACGUUUAAUUGGAAGAUGGCAUUGGUUUUACUGGUUUUCUAUUCUUUCUUCACGUGUCUGAACUGAUUGGGGCUGCUUUCUUAAAGUGAUGUCCUUACUGUUUCCAGUUAGGACAUCACUUACUGGAAAUGUGAGCUCUCAUCUGGACUUGAUAUUUGGAAUAUAUUUAAUUUAUUACUCAAUGUAUCAUCUGUAUAAUAUGUUUAUAUGUCUUUAUGUAACCAGUUUGAUACUUAACAGUUAAUAAAAAAGUUUUUUUUAUAACAUUUGUUUGAGACACGCGCACGCAGGCAGGCAGACACGUGUAUAUACAAAAAUGGGGUUUGUCUCGUGGCCCUGCGGUCUUCGGUGAGGCUUUCAGUUCGCAAUAAUAUAUACAACUACCUGAUUACGCCAUUCUAAUUCCAUUCAAAAAGCUUUAUGGCACGACUAUUGUGAAAAGUAUUACCAAUGCAUUAUUUAUCUUUAUCUUUUGUAUCUGAUGGAAGUAUGUUUCCUUUCCUUACGAAAAGGAAAAGAAAAAAAUGAUAUACUGGUUUUUUUAUAUACAUUGGUCGUCAAGGUGGGGCCCUAUUGUUGUUAAGGCAGCCACCUUAACCUUACAGUGCUGGGGGAAACACUGACAUCGAAACAGGAAAUGUGGGCUUGGAGCUGAUUGUGUUCAAGUGAACAGUGCCAAGCACAAAAAGAGUGACGAGUAUCAGUUAGAGAAUGACAGUAUUGACUUGCGAUGCAGGGGAUGUAGUGGUAUCCUGCAGGUGAUGUGUUUGCUGUCCUCUAGUGGCGGCACGCAGCAAUUUAUCUGCAGUGUUGAAUGGAAGGUGUUCCAUAAAUGAGGAUGUGUUUUUGCUGUUCUUUGAGUUCCUAUUCUGCAUACAUUUUAGAAAAAGUAUAAUAAACGACAUUCAGCAGCCAAACCAAUCAGAACUCCUUGUACCGUCAGAUAACAUCAGAUCCAAAAUGGAGGACUUGUACGCCAGCGUGCCUUUCUUCUCAUCAAACUGCUCUCAUAUUUCAUGUCAUCUUGGUCAAUGGGAGCAGGAAGGAGGAAGCUCCUUCUGGUCCGUUGCUCCCCCUCACACACCCAUGUGUCACGCUCAGAGCUCAGGCUGCUGUCAAAGGGACAGCCUCCCAGAGACAGCCUCACCAGAGACAGCCUCAUAGAGACAGCCUCCCAGAGACAGCCUCACCAGAGGCAGCCUGACU